AGGAGCGGCGGCAGCGUGAGGAAGGGAGGCGGUGGCGGUGGCGGUGAUACCUUGAGCAUCCUGGGGCCGGCCGGGCCAUGAGGAGGUCCCAGUAACUGAUGCUGUAAAGAAUCUAACACACCAUGGAAGAAAGGCAAAAUGUCAAUCGCAUACCUGAAUACCGCCCCGUCCACCAAGAGGGCCAUCUUGGUGCUGGUGACAGCAACGUGUCAUCUGAGGGGCCACAAGAAACUCUUCAGCUGAAGAAGGAAAUCUCUUUGUUAAAUGGGGUUAGCCUAGUGGUAGGCAAUAUGAUUGGAUCAGGGAUCUUUGUCUCUCCAAAGGGGGUCCUGGUCCACAGCGCCUCCUAUGGGCUGUCACUUGUGGUGUGGGCCAUUGGAGGUAUCUUCUCUGUGGUUGGUGCCCUCUGUUAUGCAGAGCUGGGAACCACCAUCACCAAAUCUGGAGCCAGCUAUGCUUACAUUCUGGAAGCCUUUGGGGGCUUCAUCGCCUUUAUCCGUCUGUGGACCUCACUGCUAAUCAUUGAGCCUACCAGCCAGGCCAUCAUUGCCAUCACUUUUGCUAACUACAUUAUCCAGCCUGUGUUUCCUUCUUGUGAGCCACCAUACAUAGCUUCUCGUCUGCUUGCUGCUGCUUGUAUAUGUCUGCUGACAUUUGUGAACUGUGCAUAUGUGAAGUGGGGGACGCGUGUACAGGAUGUGUUCACCUAUGCCAAGGUUCUUGCCCUUAUUGCUAUCAUCGUCACAGGCCUUAUAAAACUGUGCCAGGGCCAUUCUGAGCACUUUCAGGAUGCAUUUCAAGGCACUUCCUGGGAUGUGGGAAACCUCUCUCUCGCCCUGUAUUCUGCCCUCUUCUCUUACUCCGGUUGGGACACCCUUAAUUUUGUAACAGAGGAAAUAAAAAACCCAGAAAGGAACUUGCCUCUGGCUAUUGGAAUAUCUAUGCCUAUUGUGACACUCAUCUAUAUCCUGACCAAUGUGGCCUACUAUACCGUGUUGGAUAUCCAGGCUGUGCUAGGAAGUGAUGCUGUGGCUGUGACAUUUGCUGACAAGGUGUUUGGCAUAUUUAGCUGGACAAUUCCUAUUGCUGUUGCCUUUUCCUGCUUUGGAGGCCUCAAUGCAUCCAUCUUUGCGUCAUCGAGGUUGUUCUUUGUGGGUUCUCGAGAAGGUCAUCUCCCCUAUCUUCUAUCCAUGAUUCACAUUGAACGCUUCACACCUGUUCCAGCGUUGCUUUUCAAUUGCACCAUGACCAUCAUCUACCUCAUUGUGAAGGAUGUCUUCCAGCUUAUCAACUACUUUAGCUUCAGUUACUGGUUCUUUGUGGGCUUAUCAGUCAUAGGGCAGCUCUACCUCCGGUUAAAGGAGCCAGAGAGGCCUAGACCCCUCAAGCUGAGCCUGUUUUUCCCUAUUGUUUUCUGCGCAUGCUGUGUUUUCCUCUUGGUUGUACCCCUUUACAGUGACACUAUCAAUUCCCUGAUUGGCGUUGCAAUUGCUUUUUCUGGGAUCCCAGUCUACUUUGUGGGUAUCUACUUGCCUGCAUCCAAGAAACCACUCUUCAUUGGGAAGAUUCUGGCUUCUAUCACUAAGGCCACACAAUUACUCUGCCGCUGUGUCCUGACUGAGCUGGACUUAAGUGAAGACAGGAGAACUGAAAGAAAAUCUGACUAGGGGCCAGAGGCUUCUUCCUCUAAGGGCAGGAAAACCAGCUGCACACGGGUCAGCAAGGCCCAGGUGACUGCAUAUCCAGGAAAUAAGACAGCAGAACCUCCUGAAGGUGGGAAAGUCUACAGUCUGGAACUCAGUUUCCUCACAUGGCAGUCCUCUUGUGGAUUGAAAACUCCAAACCCCUGUAUUGACAUCUGACAGGCUUAGGGGGGAGUCUGUGGAAUGAUGGUAGAGAAAAAUGGUCAAUGUUGGGGAGACCAUACUGGUAAGAAAAAAAUGUUUAGCAGGAAGGGGAGGGCAUGUGGUGAGGAGAUAGAGAUGUUAAGUCUAGAAAGAACAUUUAACCUUCUCCCCUUGGAGCCAGACAGUAAUAAGCCAGAGUCCUGUAGAAGAAAUGGGUCACAUCUUCAGUCUCCUAAGUCAGUCUCUUAAGUUUGGAUUUGGUCAGAGGAAAGGUAUUUUAAAACCUAGAAUCCUUCCCCAUCCCACCUUCCCUCUUCCCUCUCCCUCACUGAUAACUCUAGCCCUCAGCUUUGCCCUGCCCCCCCCCAACUCAGAGGCCAUUAAUACUAAAUCUAAAUCAAAUCUGUGUAUUAAUGGUCUCCAAGUUUUGGGGGCUGAGGGCCAGAGUUCUCAGUUGGGGGAGGCGGGGAGGGAAGGUAGAGUGGGGAAGGAUUCUAGAUUUUAAAAGUUUUCCUUUGAUCAAAUCCAAACUUUUUCUACAGGACUUGGGUUUAUUACUUACUGCCUCUGGAGUUGGGGGGUAGGGGGGAGAGGGUUAUGUGCCUUUUUUUUUUUUUUAAAUUGGGAUUAUUUAUCCAGAAUAAUUGGUCUCAAAUUGAAAUGUCAGGUGUUCAUAUGUUCAGAGGCUGAGAUAAUCUGGCUGCAUUUGUAAUUUCUGAGAUGUCCCAGCUGAUUCCUCUUGGCCUGGUUAGUUUCUGCUGCAAGUGGAGACUUUCUUCCUGAUGGGUCAGAAUUAACAGUUGGGAUUGUGCUUAGUCCAACACUUUGCACUGGCGGUGUUUUCAGUUGCUGUUGAGUAAAGGUUGACUGUAAAGUUUCUCACACUCCUCUACUUAUAACAUUUGUACACUUAUAGGUGUGCAAUGUUCACAUGUACACAAGUGUGUAUGUUAUAAGCUCUGGCUAAUGUCUUAGCAGGGAAAAAAGAUUAGCAAAUUCAUGAGUGAGGGUUCAUAUUCCUUUUGUGAAGAGGAGUAACUUUAUUCAUUUAAAUAAGGCCCUACGUCUUUAUUUUAGAUUUAACUCAUAAAAAUAUUGGUUGAUCCUGGGCCGUGGUAUGGAAAUUCAAAAAACAUUUACUGCUAAUUGCUUUGACAACUUGAAAGUAAAUGUGUUUAACUCUGACAGUGAAAAGUCUAAAUCAACCCUGAGUCAUGAAUUAUCUAAUUCUUUUCUGAUAAAGACAGGUAAUAGUCAGAUCCUUUUUCACACACAUGCACACAUCAUGUUGAUGUGUUAUGUGAUAGUAGUUUUCUGAAAACUUUAGUCUUGGAACUCCCACAGAUAGCACUGGCAUUUUCACAUAUUGACCGUGUGGCUGGAUUGCCAGGAUUCAUAUACCUCACAAGCCCUGUGGCCUCAAUGUGUGUCCCAUAUGGGAAACACACUCCCUUCCCUUCUUACUUACCCUGAUUUCCAGGAGUUGGGCUACCAGAGGGGACUUUCCCUAAGUCUGGGUGGGCUGAGAUCUCUCAGUGGUACAGUUUGGUUGCUUGUGGAAGGGUUUAGUUUAGUUUAGUUUUGUUUGGAACAUGGAGCUUCUAUGGGAAGAGAUGAAUCACCUUUGAAGGUAGUAAGGACUGUACUUAGUAAAGUCCUUUAGAACUCCUUCCCAAGCUUUAGAGCUAGGAACCUGAGACCUCCCUCUGGUAGAAGCUUCCUUCUCCUGUGCACCUAUUUCUUGGAGCUUGUCAUCCAAGCUUCUUGUCGAGAGCCUUGAAGCAGACAGUAAUGAGGUGCAGGUGACAAAGGGAGAUAAGUUAGUCCUCGUGCACAUAUUGGUCCCAAAGACUAGAGGCGUGGGUGAUGGUGGUAUGUUGUUGCCUGGUGUGUGUUCCUUUGUGUGCAACUUGGUUGCAUUUAAUUAUAGUACUGUCUAAUGCUGGACAGAGUGUUCUGCCCUGCAGGCCAGGCAGUGCUCAUCCCAGGGCCAGAGGUGAUCAGGGAUAAUAAUACCUCAUCGUUUUAUGUUGGUCCUUGUUCUUUGGCCUCAGAAUCAAUAAAAAAUGAAGAUAAGAAUGGA